CGUGUGCUAGGGGGGGCAGUUUACGGGUCUCACCAUGGGGUGCCCCUUUGGUGAGGGGCUCUACCCUCCUGCCGUGGGGGGCCUUUGAGGGGCGGGAUGUGUGCCGCCUGCUGAGGAGGUGCCGUGGGGCUGCCCCUGCGCCGUGGGGCUGCCUGUGGAGCCAUGUUCUGCACCCCCCAGCCUCACCUGCUGUCUGUCUGCUCCCUCCCUGCCCACAGCCCCUCGGUGCCGGGUGCCAUGCACUCCCUCGUCUUCCUCUGUGCCCGCCGGCUGCUGAGCCACCACCCCAGUGCCCGCCGUGCCCUGGACUUGCUCCCCGCUGAGCUCUACCCCGUCCUCUUCCAAGCCGCUUUCCUGGACGGGCGGACACUGGCGCUGCGGGACCUGGUGGGGAUGUGGCCCUUCCCCGUCCUCAGCUUCCAGCAGCUGCUGGGCCACCAUAGCCGUUACCGUGACCGUCACCCACUCCUUGGGGAGAAACCCAGCAAAUUGUGUGUGCAGGCUGUCAUUUUGGCUGUCGUGGCACAUCUCCGCCAGGUGCUGCAGGAGCCCUGCCAUGGCACCAGCAAGAGACGGUGCUGCCUGCGGGUGCUGGACAUGACGGGUCUCCAGGACGACGACACCGACCGCGGCCCGGAGAGGAUGAGUCUGUGGUCUGGCACAGUGGCAUUGGCCAAAGCCUGCAUUGAAGUCUCCAAACACCAAAGCGAGUGCCUGAAACGCGGCUCCAAGCGACAUAAAGGUCCCUCCGGUGCCUCAGCGGCCCUGCAGCCCAUCGGCGUGGAGGUCCGUGCCGAUCUCUUUGUCAACUGCACGUCCUAUGGCAUCCUACGGGAUGCUCUACAGACUGGCACGGCCAGCCCCCUGUGCCUCAGAUGCCGGGAUUUCCACGCUGAGGAGCUCUCUGUUGCCAGCACUGUUUGUUUGCUGGAGUCCUUGGAACCCACUGGCGUGCGGCGGGUGGAUCUGCGCUUCAACAACCUGGGCCUGGCAGGCCUCUGUGCCAUUUUGCCGCACCUCGCCAGAUUCACCAACCUCCUCAGCCUCAAGCUGCCCUACAGCAACAUCGAUGUGCGGCGGCUUGUGACGGGGACGGAUGCCGGCCUCCAGCGCCUCGCCAUGGAGCUAGGAAGGCUGCCCUGCCUUAAGGAACUCAACUUGGGUUCCUCCCGGCUUUCAGGGAAACUGAGGCAACUUCUCGGCGACCUGCAGGUUCCCCUGGAAAGCCUGGAGCUGGCCUUCUGCUACCUCCUUCCCAGCGACCUCGCCUUCCUUUCCCAAAGCCCUCAUGCUCCAGCGCUGAAGAAGUUGGACCUGAGCGGCCACAACAUCUCCGAGAACUUUCUCCAACCUCUCCAGCAUCUCCUGGAGGAGACCUCGGCCUCUCUCCUCCACCUGGACCUCAUGGAGUGCCAGCUGACAGACGCCCGGCUGGAGGCCCUGCUGCCGGCCCUCUGCCGUUGCUCCCGUCUCCACUGCCUGGGACUUUUUGGCAACCCCCUUUCCACGCGGGGACUCCAGACCUUGUUAGGGAAAACUGUGGUUCUGCCAGAUUUACACCUGGUUGUCUACCCUUACCCCGUGGACUGCUACAGCCAGGAGCCGCCCCAGCUGCCCUCUGCCUCUGGCUGGCUCUUUGAGGACGUGGUGGAUGAGGAACGCUUCGCUGCGGUGAGCGCCAAGCUGCGCCAGAUGCUGGUGAACUCUGGCAGAGCCAGCGCUGUCUGGACCACCAGUCUCUGCCGGCACAGCGCCCUCGACUACUUUGCCUUGUAGCUGGUGCAAAGCUUGGAGCCUUCCCCCUGCCCCAUGGCACCCAGUGAAGCGCCGUGGCCUCACCGCUGCGCCGCAGCCCCUCCCUCCUCCCCAGAUUUGGUGUUUCCUCCUUGUCCUGGUGCUUUUCCAAUACCUUUCACUGUCUCAGUGUUCACCAGCAUCAGCCCCAGCCGGCCUCGUGUCUCAGGCCAUGCCUCGUGUCUCUGGGACAGCACGCCGACUACGGGCAGACCGGUGUCUAGGCCAUCCUUAGCUGAUUAAUUAAUGCCGGGAGUCUGGUUAAUAAAUUGCAGUUGCUUGGGAGGUGUUGGGGUUAUGACAGAAACUGCAACCAUGGCACUGCUUAGGGCAGACCCUGCAAUAACUCUG